ACCCACUCCUCGCAGCAGUGGUAGCUACCCAUCCCCUCUCCUAUUUAUAUUACCACAACAGAUGUUAGAUAAAUUGUCACAUCUGCCAGGACACAAAUAUACACAACAUUUAGCCCAAAAGAACCGGGUUGUCUAUCAUGUUCGCUGCGCAUAGCUCCGCGAGGCUGUAAGUACAAUAGUGUUUUCUGAUUCGGGGUACAAUCACGGCCGAGAAGGAACCUUCUCGCGAUUGCCUGGGCUCUCCAUCGAGUGGGAAAGAUGGCUGCCAUGAAAAUGUUAACCAGCACAGGGCUGUUUUUAGCGUUCUGUGCUUUGGGCUUGCUAGCCAUGGCAAUCUGCACGGACUAUUGGUACGAGACAGAUGCGCGGAGACAUCGGGAAAGGUGUAAAAACUACUCCAACAAGAGGAACGAUCCAGGGUACAUCUACAUCUCAAACCAUAAUCUCCCCCUGCAAAUGCCCCCAAUAGGCAAUGAAAGAAAAGGAAUCGGUCCAAGUGCUGGAGCACAGCCUCAUGUUAGGGUAAAACGUCACUUUCUGGCUGCUGCAUCGGCUAUGGAGUCCCACUGCAGUCGCCAGUUCAAUUCAACCAUAUCUGGGCUCUGGAGAAAGUGUCACCGAGAUGGAUUUGACCUGGAGACUGAGGACCUCGUACAUAAAGGAUUGGUUCCGCGAUGCACCCCAAUCAAGUAUCACUACUCUUCCUCUAUCCUUCCCCGGAAUUUACCCAUUAACAUCACAAAGACCAUCCGUCAGGAUGAGUGGCAUGCACUGCAUCUACGCAGGAUGACGGCUGGCUUUGUGGGUAUGGCAGUGUCCAUCAUCCUGUUUGGCUGGGUCAUUGGAGUGCUGGGUUGCUGCCAGCAGCAUGACCUUAUGCAAUAUGUAGCUGGACUACUGUUUCUCAUGGGAGGAACAUGCUGUAUCAUCUCUCUGUGUACAUGUGUGGCAGGAAUAAACUUUGAGUUGUCCCGUUACCCACGGUACAUGUAUGGCCUCCCAGAGGAUAUUAGCCAUGGCUAUGGCUGGUCCAUGUUCUGUGCCUGGGGUGGUCUAGGCCUCACACUGCUGGCAGGCUUCCUCUGCACCUUGGCCCCGUCCCUGAGCACUCCCAUCCGUACAACCAUCCAUAAGCCAAGGCAAGAGAAUGGAACUGUGUGAUGAGACCAUGCAACUGGCCCACAGAACACACAAGGAAGCAACACCCAUCCAGCUUCUCCCAAUCACCAUCUCACUUUACCUUCUUUACCAGUUCAUACCACCCAUUUAUCCACUGGACUAAAAGUGUGCAAGAUAAAUUGUACAUUGGAUAUCAAAGCAAAGACCAACCAAACCAAACUGUACUACUUACUAUAUCUUCAUGAACCUACAAUUGAUAUACAUGAAAGAUAUACUAGGAUACACUGAGCAACUGCCCCCAAAGUACUUUGGGACAUGGCUCCUAGCACAAACAUGGAAAGAUCUUUUUGUUGUUAAACAUUUGAAUACUAACUCUGUGGCAGCCUAAAGGCCACAUUGUAUUUUGUUUCAAGAACAAGUUUCUAAAAAUGGUGCUCUCUUAACACAAUACAAGAAACACUCCCCAGAGCUUCAGAAGGAACACCAAAAAACGAAAACAGAGCAUCCUGUCAUCAUUCCUCUUUUAGUCUGGGUGGUCUUUACUGUAUUUGUUAUUUUGCAAAAAUAAUGCUGGCAUAAACUGUUCAUUAUUUUGAAUCCACUAACUGAUAAAUAAUUAUCUUUGGUAAGAACUUUAUAACUUCAGCCUAAAACCUCCUAGGGGCAGAAGACCAAGACAAAAACAAAUUGGAAAUGGCAAGGGUGGAACAGCAAGAUAAUAUACAGAACCACGCCUUUCAAAAGCAAACCUUUCAGUGCUUCUGUGUCACUGUACAAAUGAAAUUCUAUGUAGAUUCAGGUCAUUGUAUAAAAGUAGCUCUUGAAUAAGAUUGUCGGUUUUCUGUAUGUUUUUGAGGUAAACAUUUUGAAUUGGAUUCUCAGUGAUGUAACAUAUUGGAAUAAAUCUUAGACUUGUGGUUAGAUAAGAGACUGAAAGGAAGAGGAAGUAUUUUUUUUAAAUAGCAGUAACUAUAUAUAUAUA